AUGGAAACCCCAUUACAUCUGCACAACGAUUUAUAUCACGAGCCGCAACAGCAGCGGCAGCAGCAACAGCAGCGGCAGCAGCACUACUGCAGGCGCGGGGAUCGCUCCACUAAGCAGUACGAGCGGGGCUGCACCUGCAGCCACUGUGCAGUAUAUGAUGCGAGGAGAGGCGACGUCGUCCGCGGGACAUCGCCGACCACCGGGGCGGCAACUUUGAGGACGCCCUCGGUCACGUCUUCCCGGCGAGGCGGUCAGUCCCAUAGCGUCUGCGAGCUCACUCCUGCUUCCAGCCAUGGUAGUUCAUCCAGACACCAUCCUCCUCCGCCGCCUCCUCCACCUCCUCCACCUCCUCCUCCUCCUCCUCCCCCUCCUCAGCAGCAGCAGCGGGGCAGCCUGGGCAGCAGCCACGAAGAGAGUAACUCCUGUAACGCAAUGAGCAGCUGCAGAUACAACGGCGGCGUGAUGCGUCCGCUGAGCAACUUGAGCUCGUCCCGCAGAAACCUACACGAGUUCGAUUCCGAGUCCCAGCCUCUGCAGCCCAUUUCCACGGCGGAUGCGUCGGACACUCUAGCGUCUAAGCCUGACAACAACUCCACUACCCUGAUGCCGUACUCAUCGGGGGAAGGGGGUGGCGGCGGACACAGUGGCGGCAAAUCGGGGAAAAAGAAGAACCAGAACAUAGGGGAGAAGCUUGGGCACCGGAGGGCCCUGUUCGAGAAACGGAAGAGACUCAGCGACUACGCGCUGAUCUUCGGGAUGUUUGGGAUAGUUGUUAUGGUUAUAGAGACGGAGCUCUCAUGGGGAGCCUACGGGAAGGAGUCCUUGUACUCGUUGGCUCUGAAAUGCCUGAUAAGCCUUUCUACCAUCAUCCUGCUUGGGCUGAUCAUCAUCUACCACGCCAGAGAGAUCCAGCUGUUCAUGGUGGACAAUGCGGCGGACGACUGGCGCAUCGCCAUGACGUAUGAGCGUAUCUUCUUCAUCUGCCUGGAGAUCCUGGUGUGUGCCAUCCACCCCAUCCCGGGGAACUACACCUUCACCUGGACGGCGCGACUGGCCUUCACCUACAUGGCCUCCAAGACGGACGCCGACGUGGACAUCAUCCUCUCCAUCCCCAUGUUCCUGCGGCUGUACCUGAUCGCCCGCGUCAUGCUGCUGCACAGCAAGCUGUUCACGGACGCCUCGUCGCGCAGCAUCGGCGCGCUCAACAAGAUCAACUUCAACACGCGCUUCGUCAUGAAGACGCUCAUGACCAUCUGCCCCGGCACCGUGCUGCUGGUCUUCACCAUCUCACUGUGGAUCAUCGCCGCCUGGACCGUCAGGGCCUGCGAGAGAUACCACGACAACAUGGACAUAACCAGCAACUUUCUAGGAGCCAUGUGGUUGAUCUCCAUCACAUUCCUAACCAUCGGAUACGGGGACAUGGUCCCCAACACGUACUGUGGCAAGGGAGUGUGCCUCCUCACAGGCAUCAUGGGGGCCGGCUGCACUGCCCUGGUGGUGGCUGUGGUGGCCAAGAAGCUGGAGUUAACCAAAGCUGAGAAGCACGUCCACAACUUCAUGAUGGACACACAGCUAACAAAAAGAGUGAAAAACACGGCGGCGAAUGUUCUCAGGGAGACGUGGCUGAUCUACAAGAACACCAAGCUGGUGCGGAAGAUGGACCACGCCCGGGUCCGCAAGCACCAGAGGAAGUUCCUGCAAGCCAUUCACCAAUUAAGAAGUGUUAAAAUGGAGCAACGCAAGCUGAAUGACCAAGCAAACUCACUAGUGGACCUGGCCAAGACCCAGAACGUCAUGUACGACAUGAUAUCGGACCUGAACGAGCGCGGGGAGGACAUGGAGAAGAGGAUAGCGCUGCUGGAGGCCAAGCUGGAGACGUUGCUAGGCAACCUGCAGGCUCUGCCGGGGCUCAUCAGUCAGGUGAUCAGCCAGCAGCACAGAGACUUCCUGGAGGUGCAGCUGCAACCCUACGACAAACACAGCCCCGACCGCUCGCAGUCGGUGUCGCGGAGGCGCUCGUCCUCCACGGCCCCGCCCACCUCCUCUGAGAGCAGCUAA